AUGUCAACUGCGAGGAUUCAGUCUCUGCCUCACCUCAGUCCAGGUGAGGUUUCCUUGCUGGAUCUUGCGGCUGAUGACCCUCGCGAUGUGGUGUCCCUGUCCGACAAGGAAGCCUUGAUUUUGCAGCUCUACAAUCAAAUUCAGGAACUGGAACUGGAAAAGGCGCUUCUCGAACAAGACCUGGAACCGGCUUCUGGGGACAAUCCGGAUGAGCAACUUGCAAUGGCAGAACGCGAGCUUCUUGAGGCAAGGGCGACGUAUACGGUCAGGAGAAAAGCCAUCAGUACUGUCCUGAUGACUGAUCCAACAUUAAAAGCUGUUCACCUGAAAGCUGCAUCACCUGCUGAAAGAGCUCUUCUACCCCUGGUCAACCGGCGUGAUGUGCUUUCUUUGACACAUGAGAAUCUGAUCAGUGCGCACAACGCAACUUUGAGACAACUAUCCAAUCUGGAAGUACAAAAUCUACAGCUACACCAGAAGAAUCAAGAGCUAGUCCGGCAGCUUCUGGAGUCCACAAAGGAUGAUUCUUCGUGGAGAAAGGCACUUGACGAUGAUGACCUCAAGGCACAACUUGAUCAUCUAGAGGCCGAUCGCAAGAAGAGCAAAUCGAGAUGGGAAGUCAUGAAAAGCAUUGCAAGUGCUAUUGUUGUGGGAAGUGGAGUGAACUGGGCUGAAGACGAUGGGCUUACAGCUCUUGUCCUUGAUGGAUCUGAUGAUUGA